AUGUACACUGGAUAUCGCAGUAAAGAUGUCCCCUACAAUGCGAUCGACAUGGUCUCUGCGAUGAAGCUGCAAUAUGCGCUGAGCGCGACGUACAGCCCCUGUAUCAACAUCAUCAAGGCAUCCUUCUUAUGGAGUUUGUACAAGCUACGAUCCCACAACCCAUGGGUGAAGCGCUCCAUAAUUAGUUUGCAAGUCAUCAACACUAUACAUAUGAUAGUGGUGACUGUUAUUGGAGCAAUACCAUGUCUACCAGUAGCUAAAAAAUGGUACCCAGAACUCCCUGGAGGUUGCUGGGAUCCUCUACUCUACGUCAAAAGCAAUAUAUCCAUCGUCAUUGUCACUGAUUUCCUCGUUCUCUGCAUCCCCACGUGGAUGAUAUGGGAUUUACAAAUGCCGCUCAAACGAAAGGUCGUCACCAUCGCUUUCCUCUCGUUCGGCAUAGUAGUCAUCGCAGUCGGAAUUGCUCGACUACUUUGGCUUCUCGACGCCUUCACGGGCAAGACGGAUAGCUAUUCUAUCACGUCCGCCUACUCCGCCGUCGAAUCCAGCGUCGCCAUCAUGGGUACGUCAGGGCCUACAAUUAAGUACAUCCUCUCGCGCUGUAUUCCCUGGCUCCGCCCAUCCUGGGAACGCGCUGGCAGCAACAAGCCAUCCGGUUAUGCAUACGGCAAUCACAGCAACGCUGAGGCUUCGAGGCAUCAUCGAAACAUGCAUGGAAACAUGACAGAAUACGGUGAUCUGGACGACGUGAGUGCGCAUAACGAGGACUUUGAGAUGAAGAACGGUGCCGGCUGGCGGUUCGAUUCCGAUGCGCAUUCCGAUGAACAGAGAAUUACAGCAGACACCCCGGGCAUCAUGAAGAGCGUGGAGUGGACAGUGCAGUCUAGGGAAGACCCGCAUAUCACUCCUGUGGCACCGGUGGAUCGAAAUACAGCUGGACACCCUGCUGCUUCUCCUACGCAUAUCGUCUAG